CUCCCUGCAUUUUUCACAAGAACUCUGCAGGCACGCAGGCACGCACAACAAGCCGAAUCUCGAGGUUACAAUUACAGUCCGUUCCGCCAGGACCACUGCGUUAGUGUUGAGUCUCUAACGAAACAUUGUUUUUGCGCACUACUUGGAGUUUACACAAAACAACUCGAAAGAAGCGAAAGUCGUCGCGGGAUCGUUCCAGAAACUGUCUGGUUUACAUUUCUUACUUUCUUAGUUUUAGUUCCACACUCUAAUCGCAAUGUCUGAGGUUCUGCCAUACAGCGAGGGGAAAAUGAACGGCUACGGGGCAGACAAUGAAGUCAGCCAGAUAUCAUUCAGUUGUCGGUUGCAAGACACAAAUUCAUUCUUUGGAGCAUCGCAAUCAAAAAGGCCCCCGAAACUCGGGCAGAUUGGCAGGGCGAAGCACGUGGUUAUUGAAGACGACCGAAUAGACGAAGUCCUCAAAGGGAUGACGGACAAGUCGUCCUCGGGCGUUUAAACGUUAACGAUGCCUCGUAAAUGUUUUCUUUUAAUCACCGGUUUGAAGCACUUGUCGACUGUGCAUGUGAGCAGUGAGGAGUAACGAAGAUGAUUCGGAGUUUCGAAGCGAGAAAGAUGCUGAACGGAGACUCAGGAAGCAAGAACAGUGGGCACAGGGUUUAAAAGAGAUCUGUUUUUGAAGCUGCUGGUAAUAUUCCAAGCGAAAUAUUUUCAAAACUUCCGCUGUGCAGAAAGUUACCCACUUUUUUAUCUGCGCAGGUCGUCUUCAUUCAUCCCGGUUGACUAGGCUGGGUCUGGCAUUUCACUAUGCUGUGUGUCAUCUGAAGCCCAAUCUGACCGGUUUCUGUAGCUAAACCGUACAGUUCACAGCCGUUUCUCCCUUUGCGCACGAUCGCCGCGCGCCGAAAAGAAGGGGAGCUGUCCGUUUCAGCACCCGAGGCUGCGCCGUUUCUGCUCGCGCUUUUUUUUUUUUUCUUCCUUCCUUAAAUCCAGGCAAAUAAGCUACGUUCAUCUCUUGCAUGGAAAAGGCCUGGUUCGUGUAAACAUCAGAAGAUAAGAUGUCAUUGCGUUCACUUGCGCAACCAUUUCAUCCACGAUUCUGGACUGGCAAAAUACACAUUACCCCCAAACGAACGAGAGCAGCAGGUUGAAAUCCAAUGAAAGUAAAGAAAACGCGUUUUGCAGCCAACGCCAGCAAGGUUGGUCGGAAGAAACGUGGAAUAAUAGUAAUAAUCACGAUGAAAAGGACAAGGAGGAUAUUUCGUUGUUUAUUUUGGUUCACUUUUUUAAAUGAAUAUCUUACGUUUGGCGUCGUGUAUAUAAGUAAUAUCUCUUGGUCUCUUUGCAUGAACUUUUCGCUCUUAGUGCCAAUGCGGGUGUUUCCACCCUCUUAAAACCCAGGCACGCUUCUUUUUACCGAAGUUCAUAUUUGUAUUUUUAUAACUGAACAUUUGUUACUUGAAACGAUAUGCUAGAAUAACGUUUAAUGAUUCAUCCACAGACAGGGUAUGUGUCCGUUCAGAGGCAUAAAAAGGAAAAGUGAAUGUUUUUGUGGGGUUCUGCAUAGAUCAGCAUAUUACCCUGCUAUUGCAUUGUAUGACACUACACAGUUACAUAUUCCCAGUGGCCUACGGGCUCGUUAAAAAACCCUUAAUUAACACAGUGGUAUGUUUGACGUUUUUGGAGGUGGGGAAGGUGUAUUUAUUUAUUUAUUGUAUUAUUCUUUUGAAAAGGUCUAUAUAUGGUUUAUUGUGCAUGAAACCUUAAUGUUUUCCAAAUGAAUAAACAUUCUAUGGCGCAAAAUUACGUUCAUAGGAAUGACCCAUUGUGUACUAUAAUGCCAUUUCACUGUACUUGGUGAAUUAAUAAAUGGGGAUGGAAGCUGUCAA